AUGGCAACGCUCACCUCGUCUUCCGCCGCGCUUGCGCUCUCGGCGGAGCGACCCAAGAACGUCGAGACGCAGCACGAAGACAUGGUGCACGACGCACAGCUCGACUUCUACGGCAAGCGCCUCGCAACCUGCUCCUCCGACCGCACCGUCAAGGUGUUCGACAUUGUCAACGGCUCGCCCUCCACCAAUGCAGAGACGCUCCACGGCCACCAGGGCCCCGUAUGGCAGGUCGCCUGGGCUCACCCCACCUUUGGCGACAUCCUCGCAAGCUGCUCCUACGACGGAAAAGUGAUCAUCUGGAAGGACAACGGCGCAGCGGCAGCUCCGGCUCAGUCGGGUCCUUACGGCGCACAGUCCGCAUACGGCGCACCCGCUUCCACAGCUGGCGGAUGGGCAAAGAUCAAGGAACACACCCUCCACACUGCCUCGGUCAACUCGAUUUCGUGGGCGCCGCAUGAGCUCGGCUCCAUCCUUGCAUGCGCAUCUUCGGACGGCAACGUCUCGGUGCUCACCUUCAACAACGACGGCACGUGGGCCGUGGAUCUGGUGUCGGCACACCCUGUUGGAUGCAACGCGGUCUCGUGGGCGCCAGCCGUGGUGCCUGGCUCGUUGAUCUCUGCGCAGUCGGGCGACGCCAAGCUGGUGAAGCGCUUUGCAUCUGCUGGUUGCGACAAUGUGGUCAAGAUCUGGCAGUUUAGCGACGAGGCCAACCGCUUCGUCGAGGCGGAUGCGCUGCAGGGCCAUACGGACUGGGUGCGCGAUGUGGCGUUUGCACCCAAUGUCGGUCUGCCGCGCAGCUACCUCGCCACCGCAUCGCAGGACCGCACGGUGCUCAUCUGGACGCAGGACGCACCCGACGCCGCGUGGACAAAGACGGCACUCAACCCCACCGCAGCACAGGGCGCCGGAAAGUUCCCGGAUACCGUAUGGCGCGUGAGCUGGAGCGUCAGCGGCAACGUGCUCGCCGUCAGCUGUGGCGACGGCAAGAUCACGCUCUGGAAGGAGAACCUGAAGGGCGCUUGGGAGUGCGUCAGCGAGAUGGACUCGUAA